CGAACAGCUAGCCAGCGACAACGAUCAUUGACAAAGGAAACAUUGAACCGGUUUCAUCUCCGAAACUAGAGUCUGGCUUUGAUACGUCCUGCAGAUCUACUGGUCAAACGUAUUCAAAGAGAACAAAGAGGCCAAGGCAAUGUCGUCCUAACCAUAUAGAGAACAAAGAGGCCAAGGCACCAGAGGCAAAGUGCCCAAGCAACAAAGGCAAAGAGCACAAGCAGCUAGUUGCGCCCCGGGAAUUCAGAUCGUACUCCGGAGCCAUGGCGGCCGUCCUGGAUGCCAUGGCACCCUACGUGCAGAAGCUGAUCGCUGACAUGCAUGGCACAAGAAGAGGUGUCAGCUGGUUGGCAUCAAGCCAUUGGAUAUAUGUCCGAGCAUGCUCCGACCUGUAUACUAAGAACAUACGAACAUGGUGGUACGAAUUGCUUCCUCGAUUAUAAUUUAUAAAUUCUACUUUAGCAAUACAUCAUGCGUGCAUGUGACUUUUUGUGGGUGCUGGGCAUACCAAACAUACGAGUGGUGAAUCGUACGAAUAGCAUGUGAUACCACUCGAGAUCUACGACGACUAUCAAAAGACCAGCCGCAAUAAACAAUGACAAAUGAAAAUUAUAAGCUAUGGAGUUUGCUGCUCCCCUCUAGACCUAAACAACGGCAAAUAGUACUAACACACAACGGCAACUUGCUACUCCUGGAUCUAGUCCUAUAUUGGGAGUGGCUUCCUCAAAGUGAACUCUCCCUCCAUCGCGAACGCAUUUCUCGCCACUCCAUUCUUCUACUGACGCCUACGCUACGUUGAGCAGGCACUACGCUCCAGCUAUGGCGGCCGUCCUGGAUGCCAUGAUACCCUACGUGAAGAAGCUCAUCACGGACAUGGCUGAAGAGGAGGUGUCCAUGCUCCUAGGAGUCUCCGACGAGAUCACCAGGCUGGAGGACAACAUGGAAGGCAUCAAAGCUUUCCUCGCGGAUGCAGAGAGGAGGCGCAUCACUGACCAGAGUGUGCAGAGAUGGGUGAGGAAGCUCAAGGACGCCAUGUACGACGCCACCGACAUCAUAGACCUGUGCGAACUCGAGGCUGACAAGCGGAGGGGGUCUACUGAAGACGGCAGCAGUGUGAAGAAGAAGGUGUCAGCAGGUUGCUUCCAGCCGUUGCUCUUCUGCAUGCGGAAUCCCGUGUUCGCCCACAAGAUGGGCAGCCGCAUCAAGGAGCUGAACCAGCGGCUGGAUGGCAUCCACAAGGAGGCAGACAGGUUCAAGUUCAGUAUCAACCUCGGUUCCAACCCGGAGCCGAGGAAGCUAACUGAUGCUGAAAGGUCUACGCAGAACAUGACGUCCGAGUUUGAUGAGUCGGCCAUUGUUGGUGAGAAGAUCGAGCAGGAUACAAGAGAGCUUGCACAGUUACUUAUCACCGGUGGCCUCCACGAUAUCAAGGUGGUGUCCAUCGUGGGCACAGGUGGCAUGGGAAAGACCACCCUUGCCCAGAAGAUCUUCAACGAGGUAACCAUCCAAGAGCAAUUCGAAGUGAAGGUAUGGCUCAGCAUCACCCAGCACUUCGACGAGAUUGAGCUGCUCAAGACAGCAAUCGAGCAUGCUGGUGGAGUCCAUGGAGGGACGCAAGACAAGACGCUCCUCACGCGGACCCUCACCGACACCUUGUCCACGGGCCGCAGGUUCCUCCUGGUCUUGGAUGAUGUAUGGAGUAACCAAGCAUGGAGUCAUGUUCUUAGUGUCCCAGUAAAAAAUGCAAGCCAGAAACAACAGGGGAACUGGGUCCUAAUCACUACAAGAUCAGAAGACCUGGCCCAACGGAUGGGAGCCUCCUUCUACCAACACCGUGUCAGCCCACUGAAUGAAGAGGACGCUUGGUCCCUGCUCACCAAACAGCUGCCGCCAUCUCCUAAUCAGGUAACUGGAAUUGAUUACCUAAGAGAUGUCGGGAUGAAAAUUGUCAGAAAGUGUGAUGGCUUACCGCUUGCUGUCAAAGUGAUGGGAGGAUUGCUAAGCACAAAGUCCAGAAGUGAGCGUGAGUGGGAGGCUGUUUUGGACCAUCAUGCAUGGUCAGUAGUUGGAUUGCCUAAGGAGCUGGACAGCCGAAUCUAUUUGAGUUAUGAGGAUUUGUCUUCCCAGCAGAAGCAAUGCUUCCUUUACUGUUCACUUUUCCCAAAAGGUACAUUUAUUCGGUGGCGUCAUGUUAUUCCCAUGUGGAUUAGUGAGGGAUUCAUCCAACCUCACACGGACAGGAGUAGUUCAGAUGAUGACCAACUAGAAGAAAUAGCAAUUGAGUACUACAAGGAGUUAAUCACUAGGAAUCUUAUAGAAGCGCAACGUCCUUUAACUCCAUACAGAUGCACAAUGCAUGAUGUGGUGCGCUCCUUUGCUGGAUUUAUGGCAAGAGAAGAGUCGCUUGUAGUGCAGGACAUGCAAGUUGCCAGUGGUAGUAAUGAUAGUCUUGUUCGUCGCUUGUCCAUAGGACCAACCAGUUUGGUAUCUGGAUUGGCUGCUCUACAAAAACAGUCGGUAAGAACAUUAUUUAUAAAUUCCAAGUUGGACUUUGAGCUGAGUGGUUCGUUGAAUAGUUUCUCUAUGCUAAGGGUAUUGUCUAUAAAAGGUGGAGAUUGUGAUAGGUUGGUUGGUUCCCUAUGUCAGUUGAGGCACCUAAGAUACUUGGGAUUAGAGGGAACAAAUAUAUCUAGGCUGCCAGACAAUAUCAACAAUAUGAAGUUCCUACAACAUAUUGUGCUUCCCGGCUCUAUACAUUUGGAGAAUCUUCCUAGAACCAUUAUACAACUGGUGCAUCUCAGAACUCUUGAUAUUUUUGGCUCGAAUGACAAUGUGGUGAUACCCAAGGAGUUUGGUGGGUUAAGAAAUCUAAGGACACUUUGUGGGUUCCGGGUACACAUGGACAUGGAUGGUGGCUGGUGCAGCUUGGAAGAGAUAGGGCCUCUUUCUAUGCUUAGGAGGCUUACUUUACAUGGUCUCGAGGAUGUAUCUGCCAGCUCGUUGGCUGAAACGGCCAGGAUUAGCAGCAAGGAGCACCUUGAGUACAUGGAAUUAGAAUGGACUUGUAGUGGAUUCAUGGAAUUGAGGGAUGAGAUCAAGAAGCAACAGCAGCAGGAAGUAGUGGAAGAGGUAUUGGAGAAGCUCUGCCCACCACCCCGCAUUCACGAUUUAAUUAUUAAAGGAUACUUUGGUCGCACGCUACCAAAUUGGAUGAUGGUAGUGGAAGCAUGUGCCUUUAAGAGCUUGAGCCUUUUGAAUCUGAAGGACCUGCCUUGCUGCACCAAACUCCCUGACGGCUUGUGUCAGCUCCCUAGUCUGAAAGGGUUGGGCAUUGCAGAUGCACCAGCCAUCAAGAGCGUUGGGUCCGAAUUCCAGGCAUCAUCCUCUUCCUCAACUGUGGGAAGAGGCGUCAUUGCAUCUACAUCAGCAGCUUUUCCAAAUCUGACACGUCUUUCUCUGGUAGGCUUGUGUGAAUGGGAGGAGUGGGACUGGGAGGAGCAGACUGUGGAUGUGACUGCAGGAACCAUGGCCAUGCACGCUCUCGAGUAUCUGGUGAUCAAAGAUUGCAAGCUGAGCUGUUUGCCACCGGGGCUUGCCAACAACAAGAGGCAUGCUCUAAGAGAUCUGUAUCUGUACGGGCUGAGCAACCUGGCAUCUGUGGAGAACUUCCCUUCUGUUGUGGAACUUGAUGUGUUCGACUGCCCCAAACUCAAGAGGAUUAGCGGCCUCUCCAAGUUGCACAAGAUUAGGAUCGUCCGCUGCCCAGAGCUGGAGGUGUUUCAAGGUGUCCCUGUACUCGACAUCAUUGUGCUGGAGGACGCCACCAUGGAGACACUUCCAGGAUACCUAGCAUGUGUGAAUCCAAGGUUUCUCAAGUUGGGUUGCAGCAAGGAGCUGCAUGACUCCAUUAUUUCAGGUAGCUCCUCCGAGUGUGAGAAGAUCAGCCAUAUCACCAAGCUUGACAUCAACUGCAUCGAAGAAGGAUUCAGAUGAAGAUUCAGAUUGAAGACUGAACGUCUUGAUGGAAAGAUAGCCUAUGCGUUCAGGGAGGAAACCUCAGAUGGGCAUCGUAUUGUGAAUAUCUGUUGUCAGAUCAGUUGUGACACUCUUUCCUAUAUCUAAAGGUGAAGGAUUUAUUCAACCACCGGAUAAAAGUAUUUGACUUGGGUUAGAAGAGAUGGCAACACAGAGCUAAUCAAGAGGAAUCACAGGAUGUGGUCGGCUCCUUUGCUUAGUACAUGGCAAGAGAAGAAUCUGUGGUGGUGGUAGGUCGACGGCAAGCAGUCAGCUACUUGUGGUUCGGGUUGCACUGGCAUGCGCGGUGAUUGUUGGCUUCGGGUAUUGUGCAGAUUCCGAUCGAUAUAGGUUGUGUAUCUCUAUGAAAGUACUUAGAGCGUACUGAUGUAUCUAGGCUACCUGACGACAUUUAUGUACUCGUUUGUGAGAAAUUGGGCAGUACGUCUUCCUAGCAGGAUUGUAAAGCUUGUGCAUCUGAGGUCUCUUGACAUCACCGGAUCGAAUGUGAGUGCGGUACCCAAGGAUUUUUGUGGGUUAACAAAUCUGAGAACAUUUUUUUGGUUC